UGACCAGCAGUUAGUUACUAUGCAAACAGGCGGCGUCUCUGCACUAUUGAAUAGCGCUAGUCAAAACCUUCAUUCUAAUGAAAUGAAUUAUGCUGUCAUCCGUUAUCCGCAACUCCUCUUCGUUCUGCUCAAAACGUUAGCGAAACGUUCGAGGGUAGUGUUUUUACUUCAAUCUGAAGGCCUGGGUCACGGUUGGGGAACCCACCCAUCGCUCUGCGUGGCUAAGGCUUUUCAAAGAUAUUUCGAUGAAGACGCUCUACCGGAACCUGGAACAAAGUGCAAGACCGACUUUGCUGCUUUCUAUAUUACAAACACCUCAUGGGACAAGCUCCUACCACAGCUUGGUUUCGAGCCAGUGACCCGGAGGAGCAAUCAACUUCAUGACUAAGAAAGUGUGAAGCGAGGAAUGUUAUGAAAUCGGGAAUAUCAUCGUGUGGCAAGUACUAGUGGGUGUCGCCAUAGAUAUGUUUUACCACAAGCACAUACCGCUUCAGAUGGGUG